AUGAACCGCCUCUUCCGCGGCCGCCCAGCGGGCCAAGAUGCACAGGCCAAUGCUUCGGACAAUAAACGUGCUGGCCCUUCGAAAUGGAGCAUGGGCGUCCUCAACGACCCUACCACCAUUGAAGUCCCUGGGUCGGUGCUGCUCCUCGCGGCCCAUGUCAACCAGCCGCUCGGUCUCCGCAACGUCCACGCGAGGAACUCCCACUCUUCCAUCCCGACCGGUUUCGCCGUCGACCCUACGCCCUCCCCUGGGGGCACGCUCCACCCACGUCCUGCUCCUGAACCAACUGUGGAAGAGCAGGAGGAGGAGGAUGACGGCGGAAAGAAGAAGACCGACGAUGGCACCAUCAUCCUGGAACCCCAGCCUGAUGAGUCUGCCAACGAUCCACUCAACUGGCCGAGUUGGCGGCGUGACGUGGCUUUGCUGUCGCUCGGCAUGUACUGCAUGAUCGGCGGCGGUAUCACGCCCCUGAUCGCCGCGGGCUUCACGGAUGUGGGAGACGAGUUUGGCAUCCACACGGAGAGGGUGGCCUUGACCACGGGCCUGUUCAUGAUGGGCCUGGGGGUCGGCUCUGUUGUCAUGUCCCCCACGGCCAUCUUGUACGGCAAGCGUCCCGUCUAUCUAGGUAGCUCCAUCCUCUUCAUCGGCACGUCGUUGUGGGCUGCCGGGUCCCCCAGCUUCGCGUCACUGCUUGCGGCACGCGUCUUUCAGGGUAUCGCCGUGAGCCCUGUGGAGUGUCUGCCGUCGGCGACGAUUGCAGAAAUCUUCUUCCUCCACGAGCGAGCUUUCCGUAUCGGCAUCUAUACUCUCCUUUUGCUUGGUGGCAAGAAUCUCGUGCCCCUCGUGAGCGCCGCCAUCAUCGGGCGUUGGGGGUGGCGAUGGACCUUUUGGAUAACGGCCAUGGUCGUGGCCGUCAGCGCCGUUUCUCUCUUCUUCUUCGUGCCCGAGACCUUUUGGGACAGAACGCCGACGCGCAAGCCAAACAAACGGCCCAGCUUUAUGCGUCGUCUGUCGUCUCGUCACGACAGACACACGCAUCCUCACACACCACGGACGCCCGUGCCCCCCCCACCAGCUGCUGUUCUUCCUGCUCAUGACGAGGACCCAACGAUUGCUGCAGGCCACCCGCACAGUCGCCACAGGGGCCUGCACGUCGGAUUCGCAUCUGAUACAGAUACCCGGAACGAGAAGACCGAGACAGAACCAGAGUCUGGACCCAGUGGACAGCCACCACCCGAAGCUGCGGGAGCUCUCAACGACCCUGCGCCCAACCCAACCACAAGCACCCCGAACGACGAUGGCAAUGUGAGGCGGGAUGCUGGCCCCGGGACAUCCGCAGGCUAUUUUCCACCCGCGGCCGACGGAAGCAGCGUUGCCAACGUGGACAUCCGCACGCAAGACCCGGGCUUGGACGUGGAGAAGAUCGCAGCCUCCCGACUGCGCGGGCCGCCCAAGGUGCAGGCGUAUACACACAACCUGCGUCAGCAACCGCCCCGGUCGUUUGUGCAGCAGCUCAAGCCCUACCACGGCCGUCUUAAUGGCGACAGCUGGUUCAAGGUCAUGCUGCGGCCCUUUGUCCUGUUCGCGUAUCCGGCUGUCUUGUGGUCUGCCGUCGUCUACGCGUGCUCCGUCGGCUGGCUGAUUGUCAUCUCGGAAACCAUGGCCAUCAUCUACCGCGACCCGACGCUGUACAACUUUAGCGCCCUGCAGACCGGUCUCGUGUACAUUUCCCCGUUUGUGGGCGGCAUCCUCGGCACGGCCGUGGCGGGCAAGAUCAGCGACGUUAUCGUCAAGGCCAUGGCCGCCCGGAACGGUGGCCUCUACGAGCCCGAGUUCCGCCUUGUCAUGGGCAUCCCCAUCCUGAUCACGACGUGCAUCGGCCUCAUGGGCUUUGGGUGGUCGGCGCAGGAGGGCAACCAUUGGAUUGUGCCGACCGUGUUCUUUGGCGUCAUGUCAUUUGGCUGCUCCCUGGGGUCCACGACGUCCAUCACCUUUUGCGUGGACAGCUACCGGCAGUAUGCUGGCGAGGCGCUGGUAACGCUGAACUUUGCCAAGAACAUUCUGCACGGCCUCGUGUUCAGCCUGUUUGUCACGCACUGGCUGGCGGACGAUGGUGCCAAGGCGGUGUUUAUCUGGAUCGGAGUGAUCCAGCUCAUCCUCAUGCUGUUCACGAUUCCCAUGUUUAUCUACGGAAAGCGCGCGCGCAUGUGGACGACGAGGAUGAACCUGAUGGAGCGAUUUUGA